ACAUAUACUGUACAUGUAUAUGACUUACACUGUCCAGUCUUGCGCAAGGUCACUUCAUGCCCUUUGACACACGUACUGAGCUAGUGGUCAGCACACAGCAUAUACUGUACAUGUAAAUAUGACCUUGCCUCAACCAGAAAAACCGUUAGGCCACAUUGCGCUAGUCUGCAUGCAGUUCAGUUCUACUACUCAUUCAAAAUGGUUAAAGACGGAGCAGGCACAAAUGUACAUCGUCUUCUCGAAAAAACACUGAUUACAUGACGAUGUAUUGUAUUCAGUUCCAAAUCCGCGUCCAAAAGCAUCACACAUGUCUGUAAACAUACAGAUUAGUCAGAGUUAAUAUUCCUGCAGCACCAUGGUCUUUGCGGAAUGGGGGAUAGUUUGGACAGAACCUUUCGUCUGUUCGUUUCUGGAGCCCUGUUCUUUCAAACCUACAGUUUGUUGUAGGCCUUACUGUUUCCAGAAUGUCGUCACCAGAAAACGGACCUGUUAAUAAUUACGACCACGACAAGUAUGGCUGGGUCAUGGUGGCGGUAACGUUUCUCAAUUGGGCCGUGAUCAUGGGUAACACCAAGGCGUUGGGCGUUCUCCUCAUUCCAAUCACCCACGACUUAGACAGCGAGCUCUGGCUUAUCGGUUGGUUGGUAGUCUUGUACGGCCUAAUGCUGAAUUGUCUCGGGCCUAUUGUCGGAGCUCUGUGCCGUCUGCUGGGCGUCCGUCCGAUGAUGGUGUUUGGUGCAGUGCUUCUUACGUUGGGCAUCAUCUUGACGGCGAUAUCACCCAACGUUUUUGCAAUGGCCAUUUUCAUUGUUGGGCUAGCAGGGGUUGGGUCAGCCCUGAUUUUGUUCGUUAGUUUCGCCGUGAUGGCGUCAUAUUUCAAGAAGAAAUACGCAUUAGCUGUGGGACUCUCAACAAUGGGGAUUCCUGUUGGUGUGAUGGCCUAUGGGCCUGUAACCCAGAUGCUUUUGGAUACCUAUGGCUGGAGAGGAACCAUGCUUUUGCUGGGAGGUUUCUCGUUCCAUCUAGUUGCGUGUAGUAUGUUGGUGCGACGGAAUGCUUCCUCUUCAGCAGCUACUGAACAGUACCAAGAAGUUACGCAAAGCGAUGAAGAAGAAAAUAGCCCGAGCGAAGAUGGGAGAGUUCGUGGUACUAACCGAACAAACAUCUCAAGUGAAACUCGUCAGACUGUCUCAGGAGGAUGGGCGAGGGUUUGUUGCCAGAGCAUCCACAAAGCUUUCGAUUUCGCCGUUCUGACAGAUAUGCAGUUCAUUUUGGUAGUGUCGUCGAGAUGUGCACCUGCCUUUGCCUACAGCGGUGUCGUGGUGUACAUGGUCUCGCACGGUCAGCUUCAAGGGCUGAGCGAAAUGCAGGCGUCGUUUCUGCCUACUUCCUUCGGCUCAGGAAACAUCAUCGGCAAGUUGGUUAUGCCCCUUCUGCAGCAGAUGGGCAUCAAGGUAUCCAUGACAUUCUGGGCGUGUUUCGCGUCGUGUGUCGUGUGUGUAUCGUUGCUCCUGGACGCCUUCGUCACACCGUUCAUGGGCCAGAUGGUGGUUACGGGCUUGCUCGGUGUAGGUUACGGUAUAUCAAUUCAAGCAAUGGACGUCAUCGUUCGGUUCAUCUUCACGGAUGACCGAUUGGUUAAUGUACUGGGCUGGCAGGGCUUGUGUACUGGAAUAGCUGCGGGUCUUGGAGGACUGGUCGCGGGUUGGAUUAACGAGUGGACCGGGAGUUUCAACAUAGCUUUCUACUUGUAUGGUGGAGUGACGUUGCUAUCCAUUCCACUGGUGCUCUUCCAAGAUCUUUAUGCUAAACGAAGGUCACUGUAAAAAAAAAAACACUGUCUCAUAUUAUUCAAUUUCAAUUCAAUUCAAUUCAAUUCAAGAAGCAUUUAUUUCAUACUCCUUUAGAGAAAUACAUCAAUAAAUAAAAGAUGUCUGGUAUAUAGCAAAAUGGCGAAUUCGAUAAAUAUGUCACCAAAAAUGUAAUAAAAGUAAACUGCGUUAUUAACAAGAGUAACACUUACAGCGUGUAACACUUACAGUGCUGAUUUGGCUGAAAUAGAAAUUGAAACAAAGAGUUGAACGAUUUAUACUAAUAGCUCAGAUAAACUGGGCUCCACAAGCAACAACGACAUUCGACUUGAAGUAUUUUGUAUCGUUGGACUAAGUGCUGCAACAUCAGAUUUUCCGUUUUGUUAUGUUAUUGAAUUGUUACAGUGCUUCCAAAUUUUCAAUGGCCUCAUUAAUUUAACUAAUUUAUCAUUUACAAUUCUUUGACGACGACAUUGUUUAUAAUCCAUUUGAUGUUUGAUUUGUUGAUAAAUCACCAGUGUGAUUUUUCAAGCCUGGAAAGGAAAAACGUGAAUUCAAAAUUGAAUUUGCAUUUCGAAACAAACGCGUCAGUGUGGAAAAUUGAUACCUUGGUUCAUAUUACCCAGGCAACACUGGAAAUUAAGAAUGAGAAACUAAAAUGAAAAUUGAAAAUCUCCGAAAUUGAAGAUUGUCAAGAAGCAUCAGAUUGUCCAUUUCGUCAUGUUAGUGAAUUCUUACAGUGCUACAAAACAUCUCAUUUUCAAAAUAAUUUGAUUUCAUUGAUAUUCGCAACACAUAAUCCAUUUUACGUUUGAUUUUUUUUAAAAUAAAUACUACGUUAGCAGUGUGAUUUCUAAAAGCUUAGAAAGAAAAUACGUGAAUUCAAAAUGAAAUUCUAAUUUAACAAAAAUCUGUGUGGCCAAUAGAUGCAAUGGUUCUCACUGCCCAGGCAACACUGGAAAUUGAAAAUGAGGAAUUAAAAUUAAAAUCUGUGAAGUGAAAGAAAGCUAUGUAAAUAAGUAAAACCACCGGUUUUGGAUCGACUACCAUCAAUGCAAAUACUUUUUCAACAUUAACGAUGGUUCAAACAACAAACUAUAAAAGAUACUCUCUACAUGAUACCCUUCAUUUCUAAUUAAUUAAGUAUUCAUAAAUACCUCAGACAGUUUAGAUAGUUCAAAAUUCAAAACGCAACGCCCCAGGUGCGUUCUGCGCGAC